AUGUAUCAAAAUCUAAGCUACAAGAUAAGCUUACAAUCUACAAAUUCAAAAGAAGAAAAUUCUACUCUAUUAACAGAAACAAUUAUUGAAGAAAAAAACUCUUUAAAACAAAACUGCUUUAUAGUAAAAGCAAAAGAUAAUAACUCAGAUUCUGAUCAAGAGACAAAUACCUUUUUCUUUGAUCUAGAAUCUUUUAAACCAGAAAAAGCAGCUACUUCUGAGCUGAGAACUUUCUCUCAAUAG